AUGGAAGAGCACAUCGCCGAACAAGAAAUGGCUGUAAAGCACUGGAAGGAAAGAUUCUCUCAGUUGGCUGCUUUGGCAAACGGGGCAAUUGAAGACAUCCCCAGGAUGGUGUCGAAUGCUGAAGCAAGCACUCAUUUUUGUAACUCAUCAGCAGAAAUAGAAUUGUUUAUUAAUCAUUGUAAAUGUACAAGUGAGAAAACAACGGCAAGUUUUCCAAGACAUCCGUACAGGACCAGAGCUAAUUCGAAGGUCAUGGAGAAUUGGGAGCAGUCACACGAAUCUAUUAAGGCCGAUGUCAGCCAGUUGAAGGAUCAGAUGACCCAGAUUUUGGCGGCUCUCGAAGCCCUGAAGACUACGGGAGGGGUGACCCCUGCGCAAGUUGAGGGAAGUGCUCAAUAUUACCCUCCGUUGUUCAAUGCUGGGAGCCAAUCUGUUUCAUUCCCAAUGUAUGGAUUGCCUCCAGGUUACACCCCACCUGUGGGAGAAUACACAGAAGGGGAGCAUACUUCAUUCUCUUUCCCUACCACUGCUAACGUACCGCCAAUCAAUACUCAGGGACCUGUUGUAAUGUCUGCACCUAUGGUAAAUGAAGGGAUGUAUGCAAGCAUGACUGAUGGAGUACGAGUAACCCCGGUGCCACCUGUGAUUACCGGAGAGGGCUUUUCUACAAGGGCUGCGCCAUAUACUUUGUCUCAGGGGGUAACUAGUAAUGUUGAUGGGGCGAAGGAUAAACUGGAGAGCCUAGAGGCAAGGUUGAGGGCUGUUGAGGGGUAUGAAAGUUAUGGAUUUGGGGAUGUUUCUAGAUUGAGCUUGGUUCUUGGUGUCAAAAUACCACAUAAGUUUAAAGCGCCAGAUUUUGAGAAGUAUAAGGGAAAUACAUGCCCAAAGAGCCAUCUAACCAUGUUUUGUAGAAAGAUGGCUGCAUAUGCUUAUGAUGAGCAGCUGCUCAUCCAUGUUUUUCAAGAUAGUUUGGCUGGAGUGGCGUUAAACUGGUAUACCCAUUUAGAGCCGACUCGAAUUCGUUGUUGGGCGGACUUGGCUGAUGCUUUUGUGAAGCAGUAUAUAUAUAAUACACAUGUUGCACCAGAUCGUUUACAGCUGCAAAACAUGUCAAAGAAAGAUAACGAAACUUUUAAGGAGUAUGCUCAGCGGUGGAGGGAAUUGGCUGCACAAGUUGAGCCACCUUUGUAUGAUAGAGAAAUGGUGGCAAUGUUUGUUAAUACGCUCCAACCACCAUUCUAUGAACAUAUGGUGGGAAAUGUAUCUUCAAAUUUUGCCGAUAUCAUCGUGAUAGGCGAGCGGAUAGAGAUCGGGUUGAAGAAUGGGAAAAUUGCAUAUGGCUCAUCGAGAGGUCAGGUUCCCACUCAUAACUAUCGACCAUACUGGGGUCAACAUCCACAUGCAGCUAAUGCGUCAUUUGGUCAUCAAAUUAGGCCUCAACAGCAACCAGGGUACUAUCAACCACAAUACAUUCCGACGAAUAAUUGGAGGGGAGGGGCGAACGUAGGUUCCAAUAUGAAUGUGGGUCCAAAUACUUAUCCAAGAAGGAACCAAGAAAGAAAUUAUGUUAAUUUUACCCCAAUUCCUACUACUUAUACGGAAUUAUUGCCUCAUCUUAUCAAACAAGGUCUGGUUGUCGUUUGUCCCCUGAAGCCUUUGCAGCCUCCAUACCCAAGAGGUUAUGAUGCAGAUGCAAAGUGUAGUUAUCAUGGAGGGGCCGCUGGUCAUUCCACUGAGAGGUGUCUGGCUUUCAAGCAUAAAGUGCAGACUCUAAUUGAUUCUGGGUGGUUAAAGUUCCAAGAGGAUAAGCCUAAUAUUGAGGCCAAUCCUUUAUCUGGGCAUGGAAGUGCUUCGACGAAUGCUGUCGAAGUGAAAGAGCAUGAGCUGGUGAGGAAUGUGAAAGAAGUCAGGAGCUCUAGGAGGUUUAUUUUGGAGGCGUUGCUGAAAGUGGGUAUCUUGAAGGGUGAUUAUGAUGAGAAUAUAGCAUGCGCGCUCCACCCAGAUGCUGAGCACUCUAUUGAGGAGUGUGUUAAGUUUGAAGAAAUUCUGCAAGACUUGUUAGAUCGUGGCCUGAUGCAGGUAUGCUACAAGAAGGAGGAGGGAAAUGUAUUUGCACAAACUGGUGAUGAAUCCGGCAUGAUUUUACCAGAACCAUUGGUGAUUCAUUUCACUAAGACUACCUCUAUCCCACCAACUCAAGGAAGGUCGCCCGUUGUUAUCCGUGUACCAGCUCCUUUUCCUUACAAGAAUGAAAAAGCCGUCCCAUGGAGAUAUGGGACACAUGCGUCAAGCGAAGCACAAAGCGUUGACCCUGUCGUCAAAAACAUAUCAGGGAUAGGUGGAAUGACUAGGAGUGGUCGAAUUUUCACAUCACCAGAGUUGGCACAAGAAAGAGUCAAUGAUAAGGAAACAACGAUGGCUGCGAAGGCAAAAGAAUUCUUAAAGGGAAAGGGUGCACAGACAGAGGAGAUCCCCGACAAGGAAGAGAGGAGAGAAGUUUCUGAAGAGGAGGCUUGUGAAUUUUUAAAAUUCAUACAACAAAGUGAAUAUAAGGUGGUGGAACAGUUAAACCGUAUGCCCGCUCGUAUAUCCUUGUUAGACUUGCUCAUGCAUUCAGCAUCACACAGAAAGUUGCUAAUGAAGAUACUCAGUGAGGCUCACGUAGAGCGAGGUAUUUCGUUAAAUAAAUUCGAGGGUAUUGUUGGCAAUAUUGUUGCUAAUAAUUAUCUCACCUUUACGGAUGAAGAGAUACCAGCUGAGGGAAGAGGGCAUAACAAGGCUCUUCACGUCUCUGUGAAAUGCUUGGAUCAUGUUAUAGCACGUGUUUUAGUGGACAAUGGGUCCUCUUUGAAUGUCAUGCCGAAAGCAACCUUGGAAAAGCUACCUUGCGAGGGAAUGCAUAUGAGGCCGAGUUCAAUGAUUGUGAGGGCGUUUGAUGGUAGCAAACGAGAGGUGAUGGGAGAGGUGGAUUUACCAAUGCAAGUUGGCCCUUGUGUCUUUCAAAUAACUUUCCAGGUUAUGGAUAUCCUGCCAGCUUAUAGUUGUCUGUUGGGGCGCCCAUGGAUCCAUUCGGCUGGGGUUGUGCCUUCUACACUACACCAGAAGUUGAAGUAUGUGAUGGGAGAUAAGCUGGUGAUAGUAUCAGGAGAAGAAGAUCUUCUUGUGAGUGGGCCAUCAUCCACACGCUACAUCGAGGCGGCUGAAGAAGCUCUCGAGACAGCCUUCCAGUCGUUGGAGAUUGUGGGAAAUGCUUGUGUGGAACCGUUUCCAGUAAAUCCUCGUCUAUCAUGUGCUUCUAUUAUGAUGGCCAAGAUUAUGAUAAAAGGGGGCUAUGUAUAUGGGGAAGGUUUGGGCAAAUAUCGGCAGGGGCGAGCAUUCCCUAUAGAAAUCGUUGAAAACAAGAACAGAUAUGGCUUGGGGUACAAACCUACCAAGGAAGACAGGAAAAGGAUGAUAGAAGAAAGAAAGGAACGCAGUUUAGCCCGUGCAGAAAGACGAGGGCCCAAAGAGAGCAAAAUUCACAUUGUUGACAUCAAGGAAAGCUUCCGCAGUGCAGGGUGGAUCAACACUGGCCAGAUAGCAGCUGUGGAGGAUGAAGAAAGGACUCAAAGUUUGAGCUUUGUGUGGGCUUGCUCCCCUGAUACUCAACUCAACAAUUGGGAAACACUGGAUUUACCUGUGAUGCUUAAUGUGAACAAAAUAUGUGACAAUGAUUGUUUUGAAAAUAACGAUAUCAAUGUUCCUAAUUUUGAGCACCCUAUCAAUAAUACGGAAGAUGAUUUCGAAGAUGAUGUGGAACCCUCUCCAGAAUUGUUGAGAUUAGUGGAACAAGAAUCUAAGGAGAUUAAACCCCAUCAGGAGGAAAUUGAAAUACUCAACUUGGGAGAGAAGGAUGAGAUAAAGGAGGUGAAAAUCGGUACUGGUAUGAAAACGGAAGUGAGGGAAAGAUUGCGCGUACUGUUGAAGGAAUUUAAAGAUGUGUUCGCGUGGUCUUACAAUGACAUGCCGGGUCUAGAUACCGAUAUUGUGCAGCAUAGGCUCCCACUCAAGCCGGAAUGCCCUCCAGUCAAGCAAAAACUGAGAAGAAUGAAGCCGGAAAUGUCCUUAAAAAUUAAAGAAGAGGUCCAAAAGCAAUUUGACGCAGGAUUUUUGGCUGUGGCAAGAUACCCACAAUGGGUAGCGAAUGUUGUACCAGUGCCUAAGAAGGAUGGGAAGGUUCGAAUGUGUGUUGACUAUCGUGAUUUAAAUCGUGCAAGUCCGAAAGAUAAUUUCCCGUUACCACACAUCGAUACUCUGGUUGAUAAUACGGCCAAAUUUUCGUUAUUUUCGUUCAUGGACGGAUUCUCGGGGUAUAAUCAAAUUAAAAUGGCACCGGAAGAUAUGGAAAAAACGACCUUUAUCACGUUAUGGGGAACAUUCUGUUAUAAGGUGAUGUCUUUUGGACUCAAGAAUGCUGGGGCAACAUACCAAAGGGCAAUGGUGACACUCUUUCAUGAUAUGAUGCAUAAGGAAAUUGAAGUUUAUGUGGAUGACAUGAUUGCAAAGUCGGAGUCAGAAGAGGAGCAUAUUUUCAAUCUAAGGAAAUUAUUUGAGAGACUGAGAAAAUACAAACUCAGGUUAAAUCCCACCAAAUGCACGUUUGGAGUAAAGUCUGGAAAAUUGUUGGGCUUUAUUGUCAGCCAAAGAGGGGUAGAAGUUGAUCCUGACAAAGUAAGAGCGAUAACGGAAAUGCCUGCGCCCAGAACAGAAAAAGAGGUUCGAGGUUUUCUGGGAAGGCUGAACUACAUUGCUAGGUUCAUCUCCCAAUUAACUGCUACUUGUGAACCAAUGUUCAAGUUGCUACGAAAAAAUCAGGCUGUAGUCUGGAAUGAAGAUUGUCAAGUUGCUUUCGAAAAGAUCAAACAAUACCUGCAGGACCCUCCUGUAUUGCGUCCACCUAUGCCAGGAAGACCGCUCAUUUUGUAUUUGACCGUACUGGAUAAUUCAAUAGGUUGUGUAUUGGGUCAGCAUGAUGAAGACGGGAAAAGAGAGCAUGCCAUAUAUUACUUGAGCAAGAGGUUCACAGAUUGCGAACAACGAUAUUCGUCGUUAGAGCGAACUUGUUGUGCACUGGCGUGGGCUGCUCAUCGUUUAAGGCAAUAUAUGUUGAGUCACUCUACUUGGUUGAUAUCUAAAAUGGAUCCUAUCAAGUACAUAUUCGAAAAGCCCGCUCUCACUGGAAGGAUAGCUCGAUGGCAGAUGCUAUUAUCGGAGUACGACAUUGUAUAUGUUACUCAAAAAUCUAUCAAGGGUAGCUCUUUAGCAGAAUUUUUAGCCCAUCAACCCAUUAGUGAUUAUCAGCCGAUGCAACCUGAGUUUCCUGAUGAAGAUAUCAUGGCUUUAUUUGCUGAGAGCAGAGAUGACAAAAAUGAAAAUGCCUGGACGGUGUUAUUCGAUGGGGCAUCGAAUGUAAUGGGGCUUGGAAUAGGGGCAGUGCUUAUCUCUCCUAAGAAUCAAUACAUUCCAAUGACGGCAAGGUUGUGUUUUAAUUGCACAAAUAAUAUCGCAGAAUACGAAGCCUGUGCUAUGGGUAUUCGAGCAGCAAUAGAGUCUAAAGCAAAAAUUCUGGAUGUAUACGGAGAUUCAGCUUUGGUUAUCCAUCAAUUGAAGGGAGAAUGGGAGACUAGGGAUACUAAAUUAAUUCCAUACCAAGCUUACAUCAGGGGAUUAAUUGAGUAUUUCGAUUCCAUCACGUUUAAUCAUAUACCGCGAGAAGAUAAUCAAUUAGCAGACGCGUUGGCUACCUUGUCGUCGAUGUUUGAAGUUGAUCAAGAUGCAGAAUUGCCAAUGAUUGAAAUGAAGAGUCAUGCGGGGCCAGUGUAUUGUCAUUUCAUCGAGGAGGAAGUAGAUGGUAAACCUUGGUACUUUGAUAUCAAGCAUUAUCUUAAGACUCGAGAAUAUCCAGAGAAGGCAUCCGAAAACGAUAAAAGGGCGUUAAGGAGAUGGUUGGCAGUUUCAUUUUGA